AUGGUAUCCUCAUCAUUAUACCUGGCCCUAACAAGCCUUCUAGUCUACACAAUAAGUGCAGUUACUGUUGAAUCCGAUUUUAUUUGUGGGGAAAAAGUUAUACCAAAAGAGGUUAUUCUUAUCGCCAUUGAUCGUGCCUGUCAGACUCUAUACAGUUCAUCUAGAAAUAUUAAAUUCCCCUCCGUGUAUGUUGCUUCCACCACAUUCUCUAUCGACGAUGCCGUUCUCUUUGCUUGGCCCAUAACAAUGCAAGCAAAGCAAUUUUCUAAAGGAAAUCCUGGUAGCUAUCGUGUUCUAAUAGACUCGAGCUGCAAAUUCAUUGGAAUGAUUGUCAUCUCAGAAGAUAAACAUGAUAUGCGCUGCUAUCAACCAGUGAAUACAGAGCGCUUUCAAAAUUUGUCUCUCAGUUCUGGUCAAGAAAAACAGCCUAUUUUCCGUGGUUAUAGAUGCCAGAACAAAGUUUUACAUAUUUUGAAAGUAGAAAGUAUCCGAAAUAAAUCUAUAAACUUAUAUAAUUUGUGGAAAUCUCAAGGAAAGAAAACAAGCUUAUAUAGUUUCGAGGCUGUUGACAAGCUUUUUGAGACGCCCAUCUCUUUACUGCCUAGUGAUAUGGCCAUAACUCUGAAUCAUAAUACAGAGAUCUUAAGUAACCCCUAUUUCAUUGUUAUCAAUUCUCAGCAUAAAAUAGUAGGCAUGGUCAUACGAGGCUACAAUAGCUGGGCAAAAUGUGACGAGCUUUGGGAAAUGGAGCCAGAACCCAACCUGUCUUCGGACCCCUCUGAAAAUUCUCUCGGAGAACGUAUUUUUGAAGGUGUGAAAGCAUACAAAUGCGGCAAUAUGAAUUUCUCGACCGCAUCAAUCAACAGUCACUUGCAACUGGCCUGCAAUAUAAUCAAUCUACCACGAUCCUCGGACUCUUCUAGUGCGGGAAGUCACACUAACCGGCCGAUAAAAGUACCAAAAAUAGGAAAUUUUUAUGUUUGGAAGAGAGCUCUACAACUGCCCGAAAAAGAUGCAUCUCUCAAAACUGAAGGAUCGAAGAAUAAUCCCGUCAUAUUGUUUGAUCAGGAAUGUAAUUUCUACGGAGUUCACUGGUAUAUUGGCUCCAAAAUUGUGGAAUGCAAUAAACUAUGA